AUGUCUAGUAUGAGAAGGCUUCCCGCAGAAAUACUAAACAUGAUUCGCGACUAUUCGGCCUCAAGUAUGAUCUGGCGGUUUCAAACGGCGUCUGGGAUUGUUGAAAAAUUCCCCACCGCUUCAACCGACCACCUUUUAUCGCUUCCCCUACAGACAGUCUCAGCCUGGAAACGUGGCGGCCAGGUCACGACUACAGAGAGGGCAGAUAUGCUACCAGUGAUGCGCUUGACUAUAGACUCGUGGGGUAUCCGAGACAUCGAAAGACUUGUCGAGAGUCCAAAUUUUGGAAGAAGGCGGACAGACGGUCUUGUGUUCGUUGUGUCAAACUAUGAGAGCCUCGAAGGCAUUAAUGCGUAUUUCAAGGUAAAGCUUCCACCUGUUCGAGAUAACUAUAAGAGCGAUACGAUGUUUGGCGAUCCUAACUUUGCAUUGUAG